AGAGAGAAGUACCAUAUAUCUUUGAAGUUGAAUUCUCACGAGAUCUUGUUCGUUUGAUCAUGCUGAAAAGUAUCCUUGCAAUUGGUAAAACAAGUCAUGUAAAAAGUUUUACUCGAACUAUAUUUAGUACAAACGAAUGCAUUAUUUCCGAAUCUGCGACUCGCGAAGUAACUGUUUACAAAUGUGAAAAUGGAUAUCUUUACAUUGACACGCCAGGCCUUAACGACACUGGCACGACGCGAGUGGAUCCCCAAAUUGGAAUUGACAUAGUUCAAAAAUUGCAUGAAUUAAAUAUUUCGCAGGUUCAAACAAUCCUUUGGUUCGUUUCUGAUGAAAUAAAGUCGGAACAAAUUUACAGAAACCAAGCGUUGUUCAUCGAAUCUCUCGCUAAAUAUCACAAAGGAAAUGUGUGGGACAAUGUUAUCAUUGUAAUCGAAAGAAAAGAUCCCAAGAAAAAAACCAUCCAGGGUCCCUUGAAAGCUGUGCGUGCUUCCUCUCGACAAAAAAAAGACCCCCUGACAAACACCAGCAUAUUUCCAAUUUGCUUCUUUGAACUAAUGAAUGAAAAUGCAAGAAAAUUAUAUGAAAACAUGGAUGGUUAUGUGUUGAAUAAAGAAUACGGGAUAUAUAAAAAAUUUGAUCCGGAGCGCAUAUUUGUGCGAUAUCAAGAACUUAUGGGAGAGCACGAUCAACAUCUGGUUACCAUUGUCCUUCGGGGUGCCAGGUGCCUUAAUUGUCCCGAAGACAGAGACCCAAGAAUAGCCAAUUUUAAAUGUCAUAUCACUUUUGUAAAAACACACAGCGAUAAGCACAAUUUCAUUCAUCCUGAAACCUGUAGCAAAAGAGUACAUCAUACAGGUGCAGGCGUCUCGGGAUAUCAUUCAGGAGAACUUCAAUACAUUCACACUAGUGCUACAAAGAUCCAUAGCGGAAAUAUCGGGAUCAAAAAGGUUAAAAAAGAUCGAACAAUUUUUAAAUUUUCGUUAUUUGGAUUUUCAUUAUUGGUGGUUGCACUGUUUAGUCCAGAAUUAUUGGAAGUUAAGCAAUAUGAUUGUUGCGGAGCAAAUCCUGAUUCCGAAGGGUGUUCGUACAUUUGCUGUCUCAAGUCAUUAGGUGAGAUAGGAUGCAAAAAGAUAUAUGAUUGUUGUAAUUCCCCGAAUCCAUGUAAAGAAAGAUACGAUUGUUGCGGAAAAGACAAGGAAUCCGAAGGCUGCAAAUUUAUUUAUAAUUGUUGUGGUAAAGACAAGAAUAGCAAAGGUUGUACCGAAAUAUAUGAAUGCUGUGAAAAAGAGGUGGUCAAAUAUGCCGGUGUUGUCGGAUGUAGAGAAACAUGUAUAAUGUGUCAUAAAGAAAGAAAUGUUGAAGGUUGUUCUUUUAAUGAACACCGGUACGAUGUGGAUCUAACGUCCAGAAAUAGACAAUGA